AUGAAGUUGAUUUUGGUUUUUGCUAUCGUUUUUUCUCUAGGCGUGUUGACGCUGUUGGCGGAAAGUAUUCCCCGGCAAGAAGACAGUCAAGCGCUCGCGUCAAAGCCGGAUGAUCCCUCGGUAAAUUACCGUUCUGACUCGCAGAACAGACUUAAGAGAGGAACCCAUUCAGGUUUGUUGAAUAAUCACUGGACUUAAAGUCCUUUGAUCUGCUUGGUGAUCUUCUUUCUCGCCCAUCGGACUCAAUUGUUCGCUUGGCUCACAUUUUUCGCGGUCGUGCUCGGCUUUCACAUAGUCCCACAGAGCGAAUUGCAUUUCCAAUUUCAGCGGUAGCCUUUAGAGAGAAUGUAUGAGAACCGCUCAAAUUGGGCCUGAUCUCAGGUUAGCUAAAUCAUAUCUCUAGCUUCAGUCUUCGUUUUUUCUCUGUGAUGAUUAUCGUAACCCAAAUUAACCAAGAAGCUCAAAAGAAAGUCAAUUUAGCAUUCUCUCAUAGGUCCCAAGAAAAGCUUGAAUGCCUCGACUACGAACUGCUCUUUCGAGCUCUUUAACGCAAUCUACGGCGGCUUGAACACCCAGAACAAUUCCACCCUUGCGAAGCUCUUUGAUUAAACGAACAUUCUGGACACCUCAGUUAGGUUUUGAGUACUUGAUAAAAAUGACCUAUAUUUAUUAUUUUUAGUAGCAUUUUGUAUCUUAAUUCCCUUCCCUGAGUUCAUUACGUGUCAUUAUGUAUAAUGGAACUGAGAAUUUGAAAAUAAUGACAUGAAGAAUAGCGAGACGUCAUUCAACAUCACAAUCACUAAUUUUUAUUCUCAACUGUUGUCGCCUAAAACUUCCGUUAUCAGAGUUUACAUAUCUAAAUGCUUUGAGAAAUCGCUUCCUAUCGGCAUAAUUACCAUCAACCGAAUUGCAAAAUUAAAUAAAACUGUUGGGAAAAAAAUUACAGGGGAGAUUAUCGAAUUAAAUUACAGCCAGUUAAAAAUCAAUCAGUUUAAGAGAAGUUACAUCUUAUUAUGUUUUGUUGCAGUUCGCUGGCGCAAAGUAAACAAGUGGCCAGUAUGUUUUGAAGCCAAAGGCAACCGGUUCGGAAGAUUUUACGUCCCGGGGGGAAGAUUAGCUGCCAUAAAGCUGGUACAUCUGUACGGAUACGUGUCCUGUCACGUUCACGGCCCGUCUUUCUGGUCCUACUGGGGCUGUGGCGACAAUCCGUCGAUGCGGUUAAACACUCUAGUCAACGCUGUCAUCACAGACUCAAGCAACCACAUUCUACUCCCGCCAAUUCAGUUCCAGAAGAUCAGCAGCUUAAAGUGGUACAGGGUUCCCGGAUAUAACUCCCUCUCACCUGAGCUUGUUCUGCCAUUCUUUUCGUCUCCGAACUGGGUCCAUUCCAACCAAGAAUUACGCGUGUGGUACGGUGAAAACUUGGUCAAGAACAACGGAGAUAACGGAGGAAAAGUGUGCGCUGAUGUCUAUGCUCUCUUUGUGUGA